AUGAACAGUGCCUUGAAUGUGGGUGAGGCCAUCGAAGAAAAGAAACGCUUCUACGAUGCAUACCAAAAUGUUUCCGGGGAAAUAAGUCAACCAUCCGCGGGGCCCAGCACAUCAUCCCUACAAUCCUGCUCGCAGAAUACAGAGAGAAUGUUGUACUUUCGAAAUCAAUGCCAAAAGAACGCAGACAGCCUCAAGUUGAGAAAGCGAGAAUACUACCGGAAGAACGCAGACAGAAUCAAGUCGAGACGCCGAGAAUACCAACGGAAGAACGCAGACAGAAUCAGCUCGAGAAACCGAGAAUACCAACAGAAGAACGCAGACAGAAUCAGCUCGAGAAACCGAGAAUACUACCGGAAGAACGCAGACAGAAUCAAGUUGAGAAAGCGAGAAUACCAACGGAAGAACGCAGACAGAAUCAAGUUGAGAAAGCGAGAAUACCAACGGAAGAACGCAGACACCCUUAAGUCGAGAACCCAAGAAUACCAACGAAAGAACGCAGACAGAAUCAGCUCGAGAAACCGAGAAUACUACCGGAAGAACGCAGACAGAAUCAAGUUGAGAAAGCGAGAAUACCAACGGAAGAACGCAGACAGAAUCAAGUUGAGAAAGCGAGAAUACCAACGGAAGAACGCAGACACCCUUAAGUCGAGAACCCAAGAAUACCAACGAAAGAACGCAGACAGAAUCAGCUCGAGAAACCGAGAAUACUACCGGAAGAACGCAGACAGAAUCAAGUCGAGACGCCGAGAAUACCAACGGAAGAACGCAGACAGAAUCAGCUCGAGAAACCGAGAAUACUACCGGAAGAACGCAGAUAGCCUCAAGUCGAGAUACCGAGAAUACCGCCGGAAGAACAAAGAGAGAAUUAACCUCAGACAAGAACGGGGACACAAGACGAAAGAAGAUCUGCCAAUACAAGAAUUUAAGGCCCAGCCCAAGGAAGAGGUCCGGCUCAAGGAAGAGUUCCAGCUCAAGGAAGAGUUCCAGCUCAAGGAAGAGUUCCAGCUCAAGGAAGAGUUCCAGCUCAAGGAAGAGUUCCAGCUCAAGGAAGAGUUCCAGCUCAAGGAAGAGUUCCAGCUCAAGGAAGAGUUCCAGCUCAAGGAAGAGUUCCAGCUCAAGGAAGAGUUCCAGCUCAAGGAAGAGUUCCAGCUCAAGGAAGAGUUCCAGCUCAAGGAAGAGUUCCAGCUCAAGGAAGAGUUCCAGCUCAAGGAAGAGUUCCAGCUCAAGGAAGAGUUCCAGCUCAAGGAAGAGUUCCAGCUCAAGGAAGAGUUCCAGCUCAAGGAAGAGUUCCAGCUCAAGGAAGAGUUCCAGCUCAAGGAAGAGUUCCAGCUCAAGGAAGAGUUCCAGCUCAAGGAAGAGUUCCAGCUCAAGGAAGAGUUCCAGCUCAAGGAAGAGUUCCAGCUCAAGGAAGAAGUCUAG